AAAAAAAAAAAAGCACAGAGAGAGAGAGAGAGAGAGAGAGAGAAAGAGAGAGUCUCUCACUAAAACAUAAACUUUUGAUUUCUAUAUGCAAAACAGGAAAAGGAAGGAACCGUCUGUGUCUCUCUGUUGAGGGUCAACCCACAACCCCCACAACUACCACGAUACCACCUCUUUCCUCAAAACGACAUCGUUUUUUUUUUUUUUUUCCAAUCUUCUUCUUCCCUCUCGAUAUCUCCACCGGAGACUCUUUAUGCUAUGAACGAUCGUAUCGUCGGCGGGGACCAAUCUCCCGGUAACUCCCCGGUGGCCGGAAAUACUGGUAGUAUCUGACUAUGAAGAACAACCACAACAGGGCUAACAACAAUACUCAUACCAAUAAUCACAAUGGCUUUCUUCCCAAUUCUUUGAGGUUCAUUUCUUCUUGCAUUAAGACUGCCUCUUCCGGUGUCCGCUCCGCCAGCGCCUCCGUCGCUGCCUCUAUCUCCGCCGAUCCUAAUCCCCAUAAAGACCAGGUUUUAUGGGCUUGCUUUGAUAGACUAGAGCUUAGUCCAUCUUCCUUCAAACAUGUUCUCUUACUUGGCUAUUCCAAUGGUUUUCAAGUCCUUGAUGUGGAAGAUGCCUCUAAUGUUGGUGAACUUGUUUCAAGGCGUGAUGAUCCAGUUACAUUUCUACAAAUGCAGCCACUGCCUGCAAAGUCCGAGGGUCAGGAAGGAUUCAGAGCAUCUCAUCCUUUACUCUUGGUUGUUGCAUGUGAUGAUUCAAAGAACUUAGGCAUGGUGCAAAAUGGGAGAGAUGGACUGGUUAGAGAUGGUAAUAGUGAACCUCUAACUCCCACAGCUGUGCGGUUUUACUCGCUGAGGUCUCACAAUUAUGUCCAUGUUCUGAGAUUCCGGUCAACAGUGUAUAUGAUUAGAUGCAGUCCUCGAAUAGUGGCAGUAGGUCUUGCAUCACAAAUAUACUGCUUCGAUGCUAUCACUCUUGAGAACAAAUUCAGUGUCCUCACUUAUCCUGUCCCUCAAUUGGGAGUCCAAGGAAUAGUUGGGGGUGUUAAUAUUGGCUACGGCCCAAUGGCCAUUGGUUCCAAGUGGUUGGCUUAUGCUUCCAAUAACCCGUUGCUGUCAAAUGCAGGGCGCCUGAGUCCACAAAGUCUUACUCCUCCGGGUGUCAGUCCAUCAACUUCACCUGGAAGUGGAAGUCUGGUGGCUAGAUAUGCGAUGGAAUCUAGUAAGCAAUUAGCUACUGGGUUAUUUGACAUGGGGUACAAAACUUUGUCAAAAUACUAUCAAGAUUUUAUACCUGAUGGUUCCAGCUCUCCUGUAUCAUCAAGUGGCUGGAAAGUAGGUCGAGAAUCAGAUAUUGCUGGAAUGGUGGUUGUUAAAGACUUUAUUUCCAAAGCUGUUGUGUCACAAUUUAGGGCCCAUACCAGUCCAAUUUCUGCUCUAUGUUUUGACCCAAGUGGGACACUUCUUGUAACUGCAUCAAUACAUGGGCACAAUAUCAAUAUUUUCCGAAUCAUGCCAUCCUGCUCGCAAAGUGGAUCAGGCUCUCAAAGUUAUGAUUGGAACUCUUCUCACGUGCACCUUUACAAGCUCCAUCGUGGCAUGACAUCCGCAGUGAUCCAGGACAUCUGUUUUAGUCCAUAUAGCCAGUGGGUUGCCAUUGUUUCAUCCAGGGGAACUUGCCAUGUUUUUGUUUUGUCACCUUUUGGGGGUGAGACUGUUCUCCAAAUACAUAACUCUGGAGUCGGUGGGCCUACUCUUUUACCUGUUCUAUCUGUACCAUGGUGGUCAACUCCAUAUUUCAUGAGCAACCAGCAAUCUUUUUCUUCACCACCACCACCGCCUGUUACCCUUUCUGUAGUUAGCAGAAUAAAAAGCAAUUCUGGGUGGCUCAAUACUGUUAGUAAUGCUGCAUCUUCUGCAGCAGGAAAGAAUCCUGUUCCCUCUGGGGCUCUUGCUGCUGUAUUUCAUAGUUCUGUACCAUAUGACUUAAAAGUCAAUGCUCUGGAGCACCUAUUGGUUUAUGCUCCUUCUGGCCAUUUAAUUCAGUAUAAAUUACUUCCAUCAGUUGGGGGAGAGCAAAGUGAGACUGUAUCAGGAACUGGGUCAGGAUCUUCAGUGCAGAUGCAAGAUGAGGAGUUGAGAGUGAAAGUUGAACCAGUUCAAUGGUGGGAUGUUUGCCGAAGGACUGACUGGCCUGAAAGAGAGGAAUGCAUAUCUGGCAUAACUUUAAGCAGGCAAGAACCUCUGGACAUGGUCGUAGAUUCUUCUGGUUUGCAAGAUAGUGAUACCAGUGAUAAGGAUUUGGUGAAGCCCCAUGAAAGGUCUCAUCUGUAUCUUUCCAAUGCAGAGGUCCAUAUAAGUUCUGGGAGGAUACCACUCUGGCAAAAGUCUAAGAUAAAUUUCUAUACAAUGAGCCUGCUGGGGGCUAAUGAGAAAAUCUUGACUGAGGGUCCAUCCGGUGGCGAGAUUGCAAUAGAAAAUAUCCCUGUUCAGGAGGUUGAUAUUAGGCGUAAGGAUCUGCUGCCUGUUUUUGAUCAUUUCCAUAGGAUGCAGUCCAAUUGGAAAGACAGGGGCCUUGUCAGCUCAAGCUCAUCUUUAGAUUCUCAUGAAGCUAAAGAGAAGCUUUCAGAAAAUGCUGUUGUUUCCCAUGCUAAGUCAGCAUCACCUAACUCUGUGGAAAAUCCAGAUGAUGGAUUUUUAGGGAAUUCUUAUCCAUCCAUUCUCCAAUCUGGAAACCAAAUUAAUGAAGAAAAAAGAGGGAGAUCCAGUUUGAUGACUCCUCUACUCGACCAAAGCUCUACAAAUAAAGAUUUAGUUUCAUUUUGUUCCAGACAAUCUACCACGAAUAUUUCUCCUGUUGAGGACAGUAAUUUUUCAAAUCAACUAUCCACUUUAACAAAUGGGUCAAUUUCUGCUGACGGAACUAUUGCAAAAGGGGUUCAGUCAGUGAAUAGUCAUGGGCCCAGUGACAAUUCAAAUGUAAGUUCUAACCGUUCUGAUCUGAGCAUGAACACUCUCGAUGAGGGACCAGUGCACGAGUCACUGGAUUUUGAGCAAUUUUUCCAAGAGGGGUAUUGUAAAGCCUCAGCUCUGAGUGACUGUCGUGACUCAGCUGGAGUUGUCACUGAUGCGGACAGCAGUGGCAGCCCUUGUGAUAGGGAGAAAUGCGAGGAAGAUGGUGACAAUGAUGACAUGCUUGGUGGUGUAUUUGCCUUCUCUGAAGAAGGAUAGUUUACCUUUCUCCCUCCGAGGUAUGCUGAAGUCGUGAAAUCUUUUUUCCCUUAGCUUUGAUAUGUUGUCAAGUGCAUUGUGAAAGCUUUGCUCUAGAGUGGUGAGAGAUCUAAUUGAUAAAGUUGAAGUUUAUUUGCUUUCAACAAUUGAAAUGCUACUACUGACCGAUUGAUAAAAAGAAAUGAUAUAUAAGCUUGCUCGUCCUAGUGUUGCCAAAGGGCAAAUUCCUGCUUCCUACGCUUCUAAUUUUAUUGUAAAUGUUGUAAAUUGAAAUACGUAAUAGAAAUUAUUUGUGUGGACAGGUUCUUUCGUAUGUUGUGUAACAUUAUUCAUUCUUCAAAGAAAAAGAAAAAAGAAAUAAAGUGGAAAAAUUAAAGAGAGUUUC